AUGCCCGCGCUCAUCGCGGUCGCCGUCGGCCUCCUCGUCGCGCUCCUCGCUUCGGCCUACAUCCUUCUCGUCCUGUGGUCGCCCCGAGACCCGACGCCCUCGCCCUCGGAAGCCACCUUCCUCACCCCGUCCUCGCCCUCGACCCCGCAGCCGCUGCACCGCCUCGACCAGCCGGCAACCGUCGCCCUGACCGUUGUCGUCCCCGCCUAUAAUGAGCGCGACCGCCUCAGCGUCAUGCUCCGCCCCGCCGUCGAGUUCCUCGAGACGCGCGACCUCGCCGAGCGCGCACCUCGUCUCCUGCCCGACGGCGUCGAGCGAGGCAGCUACGAGGUCCUCAUCGUCGACGACGGCAGCAAGGACGGCACGAGCGACGUCGCCCUCGAGCUCGCGGGCGAGGUCGAGCGCGAGUUCGGCGCAAAGAGGGGCAACGUCAAGGUGUGCCGGCUCGUGCGCAACCGGGGCAAGGGCGGCGCGACCAAGCACGGCGUCCUCCACGCGAGCGGGCACCACAUCCUGUUCGUCGACGCCGACGGCGCGACCCACUUCCCCGACCUCGCCCUGCUCGAGGACGAGCUCGACACGCUCGAGGCGGCCCAGGCGUCGACGGCAAAAGGCGCGCCGCAUGGGCUCGUCGUCGGGUCGAGGGCGCACCUGGUCGACUCGGAAGCUGUCGUCAAGCGUUCGGCCCUGCGCAACCUGCUCAUGCGCUCCUUCCACCUGUACCUGUCGCUCCUCGGCCUGUCGACAAUCCGCGACACGCAAUGCGGCUUCAAGCUGCACGCCCGAGCGUCGGCCCAGCUCCUGUACCCGUCGUUGCACAGCCCCGGAUGGAUCUUCGACUGCGAGCUCCUCCUCGUCGCCGAGCGGUGCGGCGUCCCGCUGCGCGAGGUCGGCGUCCGGUGGACCGAGGUACCCGGCAGCAAGCUCGACGUCGUGACCGACUCGAUCAGGAUGGCGAGGGACCUGUUGGUGAUCCGGGGCAACUACCUCGCGGGGAGGUGGACGACGCCGGGCAAGGUGUCGCACGAGGUGGCGCAGGCGGCGAGGGCGGCGCGGGCGACAGAGGGGAGGAAGGAGCGCUGAACGAGGCAGGAACUCUUGCACAUAGACGGCUUGGACGGCGUCGAGUACCAUACCUUGCACUGCAUCCUCAUCUGCAUCGAC